AUGAACUUCUAUAAUAACUACUGUGGUGGCCUCGGUUAUGGCUAUGGUGGCCUGGGAUGUGGCUAUGGAUGUGGCUAUGGUGGUUAUGGAUAUACCUAUCAUCCAUGCUGUUAUGGAAGAUACUGGUCCUCUGGCUUAUUUUGA